AUCAAACAAUGUGAAGGCAUCAAGGUUCAGUUGGUGUAAUAGAGAAAUGAUGGGAAAUCCAGAAAAAAGACAAUCAGAUAUAGCUUAUGAGAAUUCAUUAAAUGAAACUUUAGAACUUUUAAUAAAUGAUAUUUCUCAUGGAAAAUUUGAUUUUCUUUCAACAGGUUUUGGCAAUUGUCCAUUUUUGACUGAUUGUGAUGCAUCAAAAAUUCCAUAUUUUCAAAUAGGAUAUAAUUGCUAUACAUAUUCUAUUCAAAAUAUUUCAGAUGUUUUUAGAUCAUGUGAAAAAUUGGCAGUAUUUUUACAAGUAAAAAAUUUUGUAAAUUAUAAAAAAGAUAAAGAAACUCGUGAACCAAAAAUUAAAGGAAGUGAGUUUUGUCAGAAUUUAUGUUCAGAUUCAGGAAAAUGUCCAUUAUAUAAUAAAAAUAAUAAAUUAGAAUCUCUUAAAGAUCUAGUAAAUAAGUUUAAGGGCCAUAUCAUGGAAUGUUUAGAUAUGGACAAAAAACCUCAUAACCCAUUGCAUUUUAAUAUACAUAAAAAAAAAAGCAAAUUACUCGAGACAUUUUUUCCAUUUUCACCGACUAUUAAUUCAAUAUUGGCUACUUUUUACGUCUCAGGUCCUCCUAACUUCAUUUUGGCAUUUAUUCCACAUAAUAUAAAUAAACAUAUUUUAAGUGUUUUUGUCGCAUUUGCAAUUGGCGGCUUUUUUGGAGACAUUUUAUUGCAUCUUCUUCCCGAAGUGUUUUUAGAUAAAAAGACAGACGAGGAUUUCAAUAUUGCAUUGUUUGACAAACAGAAAAAUAUUGUUAUUAGCUUUUUUAUUCUUACAGGUUUUAUUUGUUUUAUGUUAAUAGACAGAACCUUGCGAUUAUUUCUAGAACAUGAUUCUAAUCAUGGUCAUAAUAAAAAACAUACAGAAGAUAGCGAUGAUAAAAAGCAUGAUAAACCUGUAGCAGUAUCUACUUCUAUAUCUUUAAAAUCAGAUGACACAAAUGAUAUUAAAAAAAGAAUUGUAGUUAAUGACGAGAAAAAAGAGGAUCCUCCAGUAUCCUCUGAAAAGAAUCCAAAGCCAGCAUUAUCUGGUUAUCUCAAUCUUAUAGCAGAUUUUUUUCAUAACUUUACCGAUGGUUUAGCUUUAUCUACAUCAUUUUAUGUUUCUCCUAUAACUGGAAUGACAACAACAAUGACUAUCUUCUUUCAUGAAAUUCCACGUGAAUUCGGAGAUUUUGCCGUUAUUUUACACUCUGGAUUUACAAAAUACCAGGCAUUAAGCUGUCAAUUUGUAACAGCUACUAGUACCUUUUUAGGAGCCUUUGUAGGAAUCAUAUUAAAUAAAUUUUCAACAUCUUUUUCAAAUAUUGAAGCACAUUUUUUCAAUACUUCUAUUCUUCCAAAUAAUCUUAUUUUAUCUUUUAUAAUAGGAACAUUUCUUUAUGUAGGAACUGUAGGAAUUGUUCAUGAACUACUUAAUGAUAAAAAUAGUGGUUUUUUUGUAAUAUUUUUUCAAUUAUUCGCAAUUUUUUUAGGUUUUGGAUGUAUGCUUAUUAUUUGAGCAAAUAUUCAAUUUCCUGCUAAAUAAUAUAACAUUUAAUCACUA